AUGAAACUUAUAUUUAUUGGAGUCGUUUUGAUCGCUUUUGCUUCUCUUUUGGAGGGUGUUAAAGCAGGAUUAGUGAUCAAAACGUUGGGUGGUAAAUCAGGCUCAGGUGGGAAGGUCGUGCAUGUUGGACGGGUGAAAGGAGGCCACGUAGCUCCGGGGAAAUCUCAGACGGGGACUCGUUCAAUAAUGUACGGUGGAGGAUGGUGGAUGGAACCAACAUUUGGAUGA